GCGGAGCCGGUGCUGCUGCCGGGGAGGCUCCCGGUGCUGCUGCCGGGGAGGCUCCCGGUGCUCCGCAGCCGCGGCCCCGCGUCCCCACCUUCCCCUCUCCCUGCUCCCGCGUCCCGGCGGCCCGGCAGGCUCUCGUCGCCGCCUCCCGGUGCUGCCCGGUGUCCCCCAUCCCUGCCUCCUCCCAUCCCGCCAUCCCGGCAGCCGCAGCCGCGCCGCCCGGCAUCCUCCGGUCCGCUGCCGAGCCCUCCUCCCAUCGCCGCGUCCCUGCCUCCCUCCAUCUUCCCAUCCCUGCAUCCUCCCAGCCCCGCCGGGCCCCCCGAGCAGCUGAGCCCCGGUCUGGGGAGCAGCGGGGGCCCCGCGGGCUCGGGACCCCCCGGGGAUGAGGCAGCGCCGGGGGGGACGCGAGCGGCGCCGCAGGUAACGCUGGAGGCAGCUCGCAGCCCCCAGCCCACCAUGCCGUCCUCCAAGAGCGAGAGCGACUUCUGGAUCGAUGGAUCCCACCGGGAGGCGGCACUGGAAGAUUUCUACAUCGUGGGCCCCGAGCUGGGACGGGGAGCCACCUCGGUGGUGUUCAGCUGCCAGGAGAAGGGCACGGGAGCUCCCUACGCUGCCAAGAUCCUGAAGAAAACGAUCGACAAAAAGAUCGUGAGGACGGAGAUAGGGGUCCUGCUGCGGCUCUCGCACCCCAACAUCAUCAAGCUGAAGGAGAUUUUCGAGACGCCCUCGGAGAUCGCGCUGGUGCUGGAGCUGGUGACGGGGGGAGAGCUCUUUGACAGGAUCGUGGAGAGGGGGUUCUACAGCGAGCGGGACGCGGCGCACGUGGUCAAGCAGAUCCUGGAGGCUGUUUCGUAUUUGCACCAGAACGGGGUCGUGCACCGCGACCUGAAGCCCGAGAACCUGCUCUACGCAGACCUGUCCCCCGAUGCCCCCCUCAAGAUCGGUGACUUCGGGCUCUCCAAGAUCGUGGAUGAGCAGGACACCAUGAAAACCGUGUGUGGGACACCGGGGUACUGCGCCCCCGAGAUCCUGCACGGGUGUCCCUAUGGACCCGAGGUGGACAUGUGGAGCGUGGGCGUCAUCACCUACAUCCUGCUCUGCGGCUUCGAGCCCUUCUUUGACGCGCGGGGGGAUCAGUACAUGUACGGCCGCAUCCUCACCUGUGACUACGAGUUCGUGUCCCCCUGGUGGGACGAGGUGUCCCCAAACGCCAAGGACUUGGUGAGAAAAUUGAUCGUUUUGGACCCGCAGAAGAGGCUGACGGUUCAGCAGGCCCUGCAGCACCCCUGGGUCACCGGCAAGGCGGCGAAGCUCGCCCACAUGGACAGCACGCAGAGGAAGCUGCAGGAGUUCAACGCCAGGAGGAAGCUGAAGGCUGCCAUGAAAGCCGUGGUGGCCUCCGGCCGCUUGGGCAACCACGGCCACCACGACUGCUCCCGCAGCGGCCGCGGCCAGGCCGGACCCCGGGGCCUGGCCCGGCCUGAGGGCACCGGCGGCCCCGAGGCCAGCGCGGGCCUCGGCGCCUUCCCGAGCGACCGCCCCGCCGUGGCCCCGGUGGCCCCGGUGGCCGUGUUCCAGAGUGACCACCCCCUGGUGUUCCAGAGUGACCACCCACCCACAUUCCAGAGUGACCAACCACCCACGUUCCAGAGUGACCACCCCGCCGUGGCCCCGGUGGCCGUGUUCCAGAGUGACCACCCCCUGGUGUUCCAGAGUGACCACCCUUCCAUGUUACAGAGUGACCACCCACCCACGUUCCAGAGUGACCACCCUUCCAUGUUCCAGAGUGACCACCCACCCAUGUUCCAGAGUGACCACCCUGCCAUGUUCCAGAGUGACCACCCACCUGUGUUCCAGAGUGACCACCCACCCACGUUCCAGAGUGACCACCCUGCCAUGUUCCAGAGUGACCACCCACCCGUGUUCCAGAGUGACCACCCACCCACGUUCCAGAGUGACCACCCCACCGUGUUCCAGAGUGACCACCCACCCACGUUCCAGAGUGACCACCCCUCCACGUUCCAGAGUGACCACCCCGCCGUGGCCCCGGUGGCCCCGGUGGCCGUGCCGGGGGCUGGCUGUGACGGUUAACGGGCCCGGAGCGGUGACACCGCCCAGCCUCGGCCGCUCCCAGAGCCCCCAGAGCCGGUCUGGGCUGGGGACAUCCUCGUGUCGUGUCCUGCCAGCCCUGGUCGCUGUCCCUGUGUCUGUGCCCGCCGCCUGAGGGGACGAGGCGGUGACUUUUCUUCCCACUCUGCAGCAGUUUGGGCCCGCUGUGGCUUGGGAAAAUCCCCAAAAACGAGGCACAAAGAGGAUUUUUCCCACCUUUCCCUGCAAAGGCAGCGAGUUGUCUUUAAGGGGUUCUUGUAAAUAAUCCUGAAGGGGUUUUUUUUUAUUUUUCUGGCAUAGCUGUGGCAUGUCCAGCGCUGUCAGCAGCCCAGCUGUGGGGCUGCUGCUGUGUUAGGAGGGGUUUGAGGAGCUUUGACCCCAAAUGUUCGAUCCUCUCUGGAGAACAUCCCGUGCUCAUGCUUCCCUUGUCAGCCCGAGCCCUGGGCUGUGUUUUUUGGGGUGUGCUCCCCACCUUCAGCCUUGCUGAGGAUCCCUGCUGGUGGUGGUGGUGGGGUGGUCACGGACUGGGAAUGCUGGUCCAGCCUCCCCUUGGCGUUCCAGGUCAGGACUGGCACCAUUCCAACACAGGAAUUUGAAUAUUGUGAGAUUUUGCCACGUAACUGCCGUUCCCUGAGGGAGGUCAGUGAGUUUAUAGCUUUUUCAAUUUUUCUUUUUUAAUGAAAUCAGCAGACAAACUUCUUGAAAAGGAUUUUUUUUUUUUUUAAGGCAGGAAAAAAGAUAACCAUUUGCAGAUUUUAAUAGAGGGCAAGUAAGCAGACAGCAAAAGCCAUAUUGCAUGUGGCAAUUGCAGAGAGCUGGUGGGAUCUGCCAGGGUUGAGCCCUAAGCAGCAACCACGACCUGCACCCUCACAUUUUGGGCUUAGAACGGUGUGUUCAGGGUAAAACUCCCACCCGGAGGGGAAUAAAUUUGUACAGGAGGUUCACUCCCCCAGGAUGGCGGUGCAGAAUUGAGCAGCUGGGGCAGGAAGAGCAAAAAAACCCCAAAAUUGGAUGUUUUGCAGCAGUGAUAGACCUGAGGGUGACAGAGCAGGGUCAGGGGGAGGAAAAAUGCAUUUUGGGUUUAUCUCCAGCAUGAACAGAAAUCAAAAUAUCCCCGAGUCAGGAUCCACCCCGGAGCUCAGUGGGGUUUGGGGAGCCAAAGACAGAGAGAAAUGGGGUGUUCAAGAGGGGUUUUAUUGGGAAAAAAAUCAUGGCUUGGCCAGAGCUGCACUUUUUGAGUUUGAGCUGCCCCAGGGGGAAAGGAAGCUGCUGGUCCCGUGGGACUCUGCAGCAUAGGGAAAUUCCCCUUUUUUCUUUGCAUUUUUGGCAGUUUUUCCCUCUCCUGUUUGUAACCCUGGGGCUGAGCCUUGCAGGGUGCUCAGCGUCCAUCCCACCCUGGUGUCGUGUGUGGGACCUGAACUCCGCCUCGUUGUUUCCCAGCCAGGUUUUAAAGACUCUUUUCUAUCCUUUGACACGAAAUGCUGAUUAAAGGACCAGGCUGGCACCCCCAGAGCCUGCAGAGCAGGGAAGAGGCUGAGCAACACUUGCAGAAUUCCCAGGAAAAACGGGAAUUACACUUGAUAAAUCAAUUACAUAAAGUAUCCCCAGCAGGAGACAGGAGGGGGCCUGCAAGAAAAACCAGAACUGGAGUUUAUCUUUUAUUAUUCCAUAUUUAAAGACAGGAAAAAUGCACUGCUGGGGUGAGCCCGGGGAGGUGCAUUUGGGGCUGAUGCUGUUUGAGGGAUUAUUUCAGUGUGGUAAUUAUUUCAGUUCUGGCAGCCAGGUGUUGAUAAGCAAGCAGAGACAGUGAAUAAAGCAUCCAACCUCUGAGCCUGGGCUCCCUGGUCACUGUUUUCCUGGGAAAAUUCAAGAUUGCCGUGGGAUGGGUCGUGUGAUAAGAUUUUAACAGUUUAAUAGUAAUGAAGUGGUUAUUAAAACAGAAAUAUAAUUAGAGUAAUAAUAAUCUGAACAAUUAGGAUGAGGACAAUACAAGACAAUAAGAAACAAAGAGUAAUGGAUGUCUGGGUAUCUUUUUCUGGGCAAAAUAAGCCCGAAAAAGGACCCACGUUAAGAGAGGAUUAACCCUUAAAAGCAACAGCCUAUUUCAUAUUUAAACACCUCAUACAUGGUGCAUAAAUUCCAUUUCAACACAGGAUUUUGUCUGGUCAGUGCCAACUUCUUCCUCUGAAUCCUGACAGCAUUUUCAUGGCUGAGCAAGGCAGGAAGAAGUUAUUUUAUCCUGAUAACGGGGCAAUAAAUUCUCCUUCUCUGAAAGA